AUGGGACAUUGGAAGGCCGAAUGCCCCCAGCGCGAUGGCGCAAGUGCUCCUCCUCCUGCGAAUCCACCAGCUGCAGCUGCCGCUAAUGUGGUCGAAAUGGACCCACCUGAUGCGGAUGAUGCCCAUGAUGACUUGGAGAUCUUCACCGAUGCCGACUUAGUGAAGCAGGUGCCCAUCCGUAAAAGAAUGAACCCACCAUGCCCAAUGCCUGCCAGGACAACGAACGUUGAAGUCCUUCCGAGCCUGCCAGUACUUCAUGCAUCCGAGGACCAUGGAGCUCAUGCUAUCCUCGACACAGGUGCCAGUCGAUGUAUCAUUGGUUCCAAAAUGCUGGACCAACUUUUGCAGCGUUUGCCCGAAGACAUUCGAUCCACUGUGCAAAAGAAACCCAGUCAGAUCAAGUUCAGGUUUGGAAAUAAUCAAACACUGACCAGCAUGUAUCGUGUUUUGUUGCCUUUGCAAGGGUCAGCACAUGAAAGAGAAACGGCCAACACCAUCAUGGGAACCUUGACAUUGGUCCUUCAAGUGUCCAUGAACAUGAUCGAAGUGAAUUCCCCGGACCAUGCCGAGGAAGAACAUAUGCCACAGCUGACCAAUCAGCUACAAGCCAUAGCUUUGCUUCAACGCCUUGCCGAGAGCCAGAACAAGAAGAUGCCGACACAGGGACUUCCCAUGAUGACCAUACCAACCCUCAACAUGAAUGCCGAUUCCAUGCCGAUAUCGGCAACACUGAGCGACGAGGAGAACGACGACUUCUCCGUGAUAUCAUCGGCGCAAGCCACCUCAACUGCAGCCAAAACGAUCCAAAAGCCCAAGAAGAGUCCAACCAGGGAGACAGCGGCCUCUCACAGCACACCAACCUUGCCCAACGAGCAUGCCUACCAGGUGCAGAUCUAUGGAGACCCAGCCCCAAUGCAGCUGACACUGGCCGAAUGGGGUCAGCGAAAAGUGACAUGGGGAAAGAAGCAUCCUGGCAAGACGUACUACCAGGUACUCUCGGAGGACAUGGGUUACUUCGAAUGGAGUCUGCAGAGGUACCGAUCACUUCCUCCUCAUCAACAGGACUUUGUGGACUACUGCCGGGCUCAGCUGGAAGCAGAUGCUACCCAAGAUCGUCUGAAGGCCGUGAAUGUCCGUCGUCACUCCUGA